CCCAGAUCAAUCACAUCCAUUGUUCCUUCUUUUUGACACACGAGAAAGGAAAAAAAAAAAUGGCUUCUCAUACCGUUUCUAAAAAAUGCGAACAAAAACCACAUGUUGUUUGCGUGCCUUUUCCUGCUCAAGGCCAUAUCGACCCGAUGCUGAAAGUAGCUAAACUUCUCCACAACAAAGACUUUCACGUCACCUUUGUCAACAACGUCUACAAUCACAACCGUCUACUCCGGUCACGUGGACCAGACGAGCUGGACCGGAUUUCUACGUUCCGGUUCGAGUCUAUCCCUGAUGGUUUACUAGAGACUGAUGGGGAUAGGAUGCAGGACGUCCCUUCCCUUUGUGAGUCUACCGUGAAGAACUGUCUAGCUCCAUUUAAGGAACUUCUUCAGCAGAUCAACGCACGAGAUGAUGUUUCUCCAGUGAGCUGUAUUGUAUCAGACGGUGUUAUGAUUUUCACUCUUGACGCUGCGGGAGAGCUCGGUGUCCCGUGUGUUCUUUUUUGGACCACAAGUGCUUGUGGCUUCCUGGCCUAUAUGUACUUUCACAGAUUCAUCGAAAAGGACUUAUGUCCAUUAAAAGAUGAGAGUUACUUAAACACACAAAUAGACUGGAUUCCAUCGAUGAAAAACCUAAAACUAAAAGACAUCCCAAGCUUCAUCCAUGCGACUAGUCGUGACGACAUCAUGCUCAAUUUUUUUCUCCAUGAGACUAGCCAACUCAAACGUGCUACUGCUAUCAUUGUCAACACGUUUGAUGAUCUUGAGCAUGACACCAUACAAUCUUUGCAGUCUAUUUUACCUCCGGUGUUGUACCCUAUUGGACCGCUCCAUCUACUAGUGAAUCGAACUAUCGAUGAGGAUAGCGAGAUAGGACAGAUGGGAUCGAGUCUAUGGAAAGAGGAGACGGAGUGUCUAGACUGGCUCGAUACCAAGUCUCAAAACAGCGUAGUUUACGUUAACUUUGGUAGCAUAACAGUGAUGAGCGCAAAACAACUCGUAGAGUUCGCUUGGGGUUUGGCGGCAACAAGAAAAGAGUUUUUGUGGGUGAUCAGGCCGGAUGUACUAAACGGUGAUGUGCCGAUGCUUCCGACAGAGUUUUUAACCGAGACGGAUGGUCGGAGGAUGCUAGCGACUUGGUGUCCACAAGGGAAAGUUCUUUCUCAUCCGGUGGUGGGAGGGUUCUUAACGCACUGUGGAUGGAACUCGACUAUAGAGAGUCUUUGUGGUGGAGUUCCUAUGGUGUGUUGGCCAUUCUUUGCAGAACAGCCAACGAAUUGUAAGUUUUGUUGUGACGAGUGGGGAGUGGGGAUGGAGAUCGGUGGAGAUGUGAAGAGGGAGGAGGUUCACGCGGUGAUAAGAGAGCUAAUGGAUGGAGAGAAAGGAAAUAAAAUGAGAGACAACGCGGAAAAGUGGCGGCGUUUGGCAGAGGAAGCUGUGGAGCAUCCUUCUAGUUCGUCGGAGUUAAAUUUUCAAGUGGUUGUUAACAAGGUUUUCUUAAGACAGUAGAAAGGAAAGGGAUACUAUUUUAAAGUUAAACAUAAGAUAAUAACAAUAAGAGCACUUUCAUUCGUCUGUGAGGUUCUUCAUUUAUUGGAAGUGCUCUAAGUGAUAUAGUAUUUAGGAUUUUUAGUAAUUUAAACCCUCAACUAAAGAUUAAUCGUAAAACAAACCCUCAACUAAAAAUCUUGUCAAAU